AUGUGGCUUAGGGACAGAGGGCUUCGACAGUUGAAUCUUGGCAUAUUUCUCAUGUUCUCAACCUCGGCUGCAAAUGGAUUCAGCGGCGGCUUGAUCAACGUUGCCGUCUUCACACGGGAAUUGAGUCCCCAAAUGCUAGGGCUUGUGAUCGCUGCAGGCGGGAUCGGGGGAAUAGUCUCUUACAUACCGGCGUCCUAUAUUGCCGAUAUCUUUGGUCGAAAGGCCUGUGUGGGACUCGGGUCUAUCAUCAUCAUCGCAGCAGCGGUAAUUCAAGCCGCAGUUCCGAAUAUCUGGGUGCUUUUGAGUUCAAGAGUUCUGGCUGGAAUAGGGGUGGGAACUGCUUCUAUCGCGGCACCCUUGCUAGUCACAGAAAUAGCUCACCCACGAAUGCGACAAACUGUGACCGCACUAUACAGCUCUACCUGGUAUUUAGGAGCCAUUUCGUCUGGAAUUGUUACUAUCUCGACGUUGAGUAUACCAAAUGAUUGGUCUUGGAGAUUACCCUGCCUUUUGCAGUUGAUUUAUCCUGUCCUCCAACUAUUCGGGCUGCUGUGUAUCCCCGAGAGUCCUAGAUGGCUGGUUUCAGCUGAAAGGAAAGAUGAGGCUCUUGAAAUUCUAAUCAAGUAUCAUGCAAAUGGGGUCGCUGGGGACAGCGGCGUUGCACAUGAGUUUGAAAAAAUGUGCUCAUUAAUCCCAUUAGAAAAGACAUUGAACAGAGAGGGCUGGAAAAAGUUUGUAUCUUCUCGAGGGUAUAUUCACAUACUGGCCAUAUGUAUCUUGGUUGGGAUAAUGGAAGAAUGGGCUGGUAAUGGGAUUAUAUCAUAUUAUCUUGCUCCAAUACUUGGAUCCAUUGGAGUCAAAAAUACUAUGGAUCAGGCCUCUUUAAACCUCGGACUUCAAACAUGGAACCUAUUGCUCUCUGGGGUGGGAUCAUUAGCAUCAGAGAGAUACGGCCGCCGAAUAUUAUGGCUACUAUCCACUAGUUUUAUGCUAGUAUUCUUGACCGUGAUAGCAACAUUAACGGGACUUUACACAGAAAAGGGGAUAUCAUCUGCUGGAGUUGCCGUCAUUCCCAUGCUAUUCCUCUUUUUCGCUGCAUACGACAUUGCGUAUGCGGCACUGUUCUUUGCCUACCCGGCUGAAAUUCUUCCAUUUGAGCUACGAGCAAAAGGUCUGGCUGUAACCCUUUUGGCGGAUUCCAUUGGCGCAUUUUCCAAUCAAUAUGCCAAUCCGGUGGCAUUUUCGAGAAUGAAAUGGCGAUACUAUUGUGUGUUUUUAGGAUUUCUAUCCUUCUUUCUUUUCUCGAUUUACUUCUUCUUCCCUGAGACAAAAGGCAGAUCAUUGGAAGAGGUAUCGCAGAUAUUUCACAAGAGAACAUAUACUGAGCAAGACGGAGAAAGUAAGAAGGAGCCAGGGAUAGAAGAAAGUAUGAAGGUGGUCCGCUGCAAUGUGGUCUAA